AUGGCUUUGUUCAAGCAGUUAAUUAGUACAAAGACCCAAACCUCAUCCUCUUCCACCCGCAAGCCUCCAGGCUCCAGCCGAAUAUUUAAGACUCCGCAAACCCCGAUUGUACGCACUAAGUCAUAUGAAAAAUACAACAUUGAUGACUAUCCAUUAGGAACAAAUGCAAUUGUUGCUGUUCUAGCAUAUUCUGGAUAUGAUAUGGAGGAUGCCAUGGUAUUAAAUAAAUCAUCUGUGGACCGUGGCAUGUGUCAUGGCUACAUAUACCAGAUGAAUUGGUACGGUGCACUCUGGAUACUCAACAGUUGGGAUGGAGGUGGAAUUGAUGGUUCGGAGGUGGUGGAGAAGGGGCAGGAAAGAGUCAACAUGGUGGUCAACUUCGAGAAGUCGAGGAGAGGCUACUUUCAAAUUCGCAAGGAAGGUGGGGAGAUUUUUGUAAGCUUGCUGAAUAUGAAGGAACGCUUCACAUUCAUGAAGGCAGUGAACAUGGAGAAGGUCAUUUAUGAUAUUAUUGAAAAGUUUGAACUCACGAGUUUCUUGGCUUAUUCCUAG